CCGGAAGUGAUGUUUCUCCAGUAUGGCGGCCCCCUGACCGAAACUCUUCUUUGCUUUGGGACUGAGGCGAGAGCUUUUCUGCUAACUACAUGAUAGAUAGCAGAAUAACAGCGAAGAGGUCAAAAGAGAUUUGAGUUGUUUCUUGACAAAAGGAGUUACUGUUACGAUUUCCUUUAUGCCUGAAAAUGAAGACUGUGUUGAUGGUAGCGGAAAAACCUUCACUAGCCCAGUCUAUUGCCAAAAUCCUUUCUAGAGGCAGUGCCACUUCUCGGAAAGGCUUGAAUGGCGCAUGCUCUGUGCAUGAAUACACCGGUUCUUUCAUGGGACAAAAUGUGCGCUUUAAGAUGACAUCUGUGUGUGGCCAUGUCAUGAGCUUGGACUUCAUAGGGAAAUACAACAACUGGGAUAAAGUGGACCCCGCAGAAUUGUUCAGCAAAGCACCUACAGAGAAGAAGGAGGCCAACCCUAAACUCAAUAUGGUGAAGUUUCUGCAGGUGGAAGGACGUGGUUGUGACUUUGUGGUCCUUUGGCUAGACUGUGACAAGGAAGGAGAAAACAUUUGUUUUGAGGUCCUUGAUGCCAUCCUGCCAGUGAUGAACAGACAGUAUGGGAAUGAGCGUACAGUUUACCGUGCCAAGUUCAGUUCCAUCACAGACACAGACAUUUAUAAUGCCAUGAACAAGCUGGGAGAGCCUAAUAAGAACGAGGCGCUAUCUGUAGACGCCAGGCAAGAGCUGGACCUUAGGAUUGGAUGCGCAUUCACACGGUUUCAAACAAAAUAUUUUCAAGGUAAAUAUGGCAACCUGGACAGUUCUCUGAUUUCCUUUGGGCCAUGUCAGACUCCUACAUUGGGAUUCUGUGUAGAGAGACAUGAUAAGAUACAAUCCUUCAAGCCUGAAGCUUACUGGGUUCUGCAAGUCAAGGUGAGCCAUGGACAGGAGCACCCAUUGACCCUAGACUGGGACCGAGUACGGGUGUUUGACCGUGAAAUUGCACAGAUGUUCCUUAACAUUACCAAGACUGCAAAAGAUGCUCAGGUGGAGUCUGUAAGCAAAAAGGAGAAAGCCAAACAGAGACCACAGGCACUGAACACUGUGGAGAUGCUACGUGUGGCCAGCUCAGCAUUAGGUAUGGGCCCCCAGCAUACCAUGCAGAUUGCUGAACGACUUUACACGCAAGGCUACAUCAGCUACCCCCGUACAGAAACCACUCACUAUCCUGAAAACUUUGACCUAAAAGGGACAUUGAGGCAGCAGGCUAACAACCCAUUGUGGGCUGACACGGUUAAAGCUUUGCUUGCAGAUGGUAUUAACCGUCCAAGAAAAGGGAAUGAUGCAGGAGACCAUCCACCCAUCACCCCUAUGCGUUCAGCAUCAGAGGCAGAGUUGGGUGGUGACGCAUGGAGGCUGUAUGACUACAUUACUAGGCAUUUUAUUGCCACCAUCAGCCAUGACUGCAAAUACCUCCAGACCACUAUUGCAUUCAGUGUGGGUCGGGAGCAAUUCACGGCCACCUGCAAGGAGGUGAUAUCUCAAGGAUACACAGAGAUCAUGCCUUGGCAGGGUAUUCCACGAGAGGAGAGUUUCAAGCCUUGUCAGAAGGGAGAUAAGUUCAGUGUGGAUGAAGUGAAGCUGCUAGAGAAACAGACUUGCCCCCCAGAUUAUCUGACAGAGGCAGAACUCAUCUCCCUGAUGGAGAAGCAUGGGAUUGGAACGGAUGCUAGCAUUCCCGUGCACAUUAAUAACAUUUGUCAGCGUAACUACGUGACAGUGGAGAGUGGGCGUAGACUCAAACCUACUAGUCUAGGCAUUGUGUUGGUGCAUGGAUAUCACAAGAUAGAUUCUGAGCUUGUGCUGCCGACCAUCCGCAGUGCAGUGGAGAAACAACUAAAUCUGAUUGCUCUGGGAAAAGCUAAUUUCCAACAGGUUCUUGAUCACACUCUCGAUAUCUUCAAGCGGAAGUUCCACUACUUUGUGGAUUCCAUUGCAGGUAUGGACGAGUUGAUGGAAGUGUCAUUCUCACCUUUGGCUGCCACCGGAAAACCUCUGUCUCGAUGUGGCAAGUGUCACCGGUUCAUGAAAUAUAUCCAGGCUAAGCCCAGCCGCCUUCACUGUUCCCACUGUGAUGAUACAUACAGCCUGCCACAGAAUGGCACCAUCAAACUGUACAAGGAGUUACGCUGCCCUCUUGAUGAUUUUGAACUGGUUCUAUGGUCAUCAGGGUCUCGAGGGAAGAGCUAUCCAUUAUGCCCAUACUGUUAUAACCAUGCUCCUUUUAGAGAUAUGAAGAAAGGGAUGGGCUGCAAUGAGUGUACUCAUCCCACUUGCCAGCACUCGCUGAGCAUGCUGGGUAUUGCUCAGUGUGUAGAGUGUGACAACGGAGUGAUGGUACUAGACUCCACAUCAGGUCCCAAGUGGAAGAUGUCCUGCAACAAGUGUAAUGUCAUUGUCCACUUCUUUGAGAAUGCACAUCGUGUCCGAGUAUCUGGAGAGAUGUGUGAUGUGUGCGAUGCUGCCCUGGUGCAUGUAGACUUUAACAAGGCCAAAAGCCCCUUGCCUGCAGACCACACACAACAUUCAGGCUGUGUGUUUUGUGACCCAGUUUUCCAAGAUUUGGUGGAACUCAAACAUGCCACCAUGAGACACCCCAUGCAUAAAGGCGGACAGGGGAGGAGGCAGGGAAGAGGGAGGGGUAGGGGUCGGCGUGGAAACCCUAAAAAACCUAAGGACAAAAUGGCUGCACUGGCUGCAUACUUUGUAUGAUGUGCACUUUUAAGCUUGUUUAAUAAAGCUUCUUAUUAUAAA